AGCGCCAGUUGUCUCACUUUGAACGUCCAAGAGAACGCCAAGGCGAUAAUAGAAGAACAGAAACGGGACGCCCAGUUUCAAGAAAUCAUAGUCAGCUGCAAAUCCUUGAACCGAUACGAUGGAAAAACCAUCAAAACGCUUUUACCCCAGGUCUCCGCCACCCUUAUGGCCGUAUCCCUGCACGUAGCCGUCGGAAUUUCCAUGUCUUUCUCCGGUAUUUUAGUCCCAGCCAUAGACAUUACCCUGCACAAUGUCACCCAGAAUGACACCGAACUCUACGCCACCAAAGACCAAACAGCCUGGCUAGCCAGUAUAGUGGUGAUAGCAGUACCACUUGGUGCUCUAUCCGCUGGGAUUAUCGCCGACACCUGGGGCAGAUUGUGGCCGACGAGGAUCUCGGUGGUACCGACGGUGGUGGGCUGGUGUUUGAUCGCAACGGCUGGAACAGUUCCCCAGCUGAUGAUCGGCAGAUUCCUCACGGGAUUCGCCACUCCCUGGAACAGCAUACCGGCGACGGUGUACGUUUCGGAAAUAGCCAGGGCGGAUAUGAGGGGAUCUCUGGUCGUUUUGGCGCCGACUUUGGCUUCUGCUGGAAUGUUGUUGACUUUCCUGCAAGGGUGGUUCUUGCAUUGGAGGACCGUGGCGUGGAUUAGCAACGUGUUCGUGUUGUUCCCUUUGCUGUUGUUGUUCCUCAUACCGGAGAGCCCGCCUUGGUUGGUGUCGAAAGGCAGGAUCGAAGAGGCGGCGAAUAGCCUCAGGUGGUUGCACAGGCACCAACCCCAGCCCGAGAACCGACAAGAAUCGUACGCGGAGCUGGUGCUCAACAAGCUCCAAGCCGAGCACCAGAAGAAGCUCGAAUUGCAGGCGAGGAAAUCGGAUUUGGGAGCGUGGGCGUUGUGCAAGGAGUUCUUCAAACCGACAGGUUAUAAACCCACGUUAAUUCUAACCGGUCUUUAUUUCUUCCAAAUGUUCUCCGGCAUCUAUAUUACCCUUUUCUAUUCCGUUACGUUCUUCCAAAAAGUGGGCAGCCAGAUGAACCCCUACUUGGCCUCGAUAGUGAUAUGUUUCGUUAGAAUGCUGAUGUCCUUCGCGAAUUCCUACCUGCUGAAGGCCUUCAACAGGCGAUUCCUGCUGAUCGCCAGCGGCAUCGGCAUGUCCGUCUUCAUGACCAUCUCGGGCUUCGUCACCAGAGGAAUCAAAGAAGGCGACGAGAACCAUUCGUACCUGCCGGUGGUGUGCAUCAUCCUCUACGUGAUCGCCUCGAUGGUGGGCAUGCUGUGCAUCCCCUGGACCAUGAUGAGCGAGCUCUAUCCGAUGGAGAUCCGCGGCGUCGCCAAUUGCCUGGCCUACAGCAUCGGCAACGUGAUGAUGUUCGCCUCGAUACAGAGCUUCUACGGGCUGCUGGCGUCGUUCGGCGGCGUCGCCGGCGUCCAGUGGUUCUUCGCCGUCGUCGCGGCGCUGGCCUGCGUCUACACGUACGUGUUCCUGCCGGAGACGCACCGGAAGACGCUCGACGAGAUCGCCGAGUAUUUCGUCGAUAACAGCGUGUAUAUUUUGGCUAAGAGGAAGGGCGGGAAGAGGUCGAAGGGGGCGGUGGGUAACGGGCAGCGCGAGAAGUUGAUGGGGGGGAGGUGA